AUGAGAUCCUCUAAGUCUCCUUUCAAGAGGAAAUCUCAUAGUCGUGAGACGUCACACGAUGAAAACUCAGCGAUUUUCCACAAAAGAACAAUAUCAGGCAGCAGUGCUCACCAUUCUAGAAAUGUCAGUCAAGGUGCAAUGGCCUCCUCUGCCCCACCCAUUUCCGGUGGCAAUUAUUCACAUAAGAGAAACGUGUCAAGGGCUUCAAACUCCUCUCAGAAUUCAAAUUUCUUGGCCGAGCAGUAUGAGAGGGAUAGGAAAGCCAUCAUCAAUUGCUGCUUUUCAAGACCUGACCACAAGACAGGCGAACCGCCAAAUAAUUAUAUUACACAUGUACGAAUCAUAGAAGAUUCAAAAUUCCCAAGUUCAAAACCGUCUCCAGAUUCAAAAUUGGAAAAUAAAAAGAAAAGAAUUCUUAUUCUGAGUGCCAAACCCAAUAAUGCUAAGCUCAUUCAAAUUCAUAAAGCACGAGAAAAUUCAGAUGGUUCUUUUCAAAUUGGUAGAACCUGGAAACUGAGUGAGUUAGUCAGAGUGGAGAAAGACUUGGACAUAUCGGAAGGUUUCACUCUUACCAUGGGUAAAAACUAUUAUUGGGAGACAAAUUCUGCGAAGGAAAGAACCGUUUUCAUCAAAUCCUUAAUCAGUUUAUACAUUCAAACUUUUGAAGGCCACGUACCCCAAUUGGUCAAUUGGGAUUUAUCACUCUUUUAUCUUGAUGAGAGAAGUUAUCAGAGAGCUGUCAUCACAAAUCGUCCCGGUUCUGUGUCUCCCAUCAAAUCACCAACCAGUAAUUUUGCAGCUAACACUGCUCAAUCAAUGGAUUCUGCUCCUUCUUCAACGUCCUUCGAUAGAGCCAGAAGGUCUGAAGUGGAGGGUGUUAUUCCAGUGACUACGCCUACAAACGUCACAUAUCACCCCGAGAUAAAAUCUUUAAAUAAGGCCCCAUACUCUUCCAAUUCUACUUUGAAUGAAGUGAAUAGAAGAUAUGAGCUUGAGCAACAACAGCAACAACAAGAGGCUGAACAGAGACGAUUAGAAGAACGAAGGAAGUUGCAGUUACAGAAGGAAAACGAGAUACAAAAAUUAGAGGAGGAGAAAAGGAUAAAGCAGGAAGAACGAAAAAGGCAAAUGGAAUUGGAGUUGGAACGUCAACGGCAAAUCGAAAAAGAAGAAAAGGAGAGACAAAUGGAACUGGAAAGUAAAAGAAAAUUGGAGUUAGAACGUCAACGGCAAUAUGAAGAAGAGCAACGUUUAAACAAAGAAAGAGAGUUUUUGGAAUUACAGAGAAGACAGAGAGAACAAGAAAUCGCAGAGGGACAAAGAAGAGAAGAGCAGGAGAGGAUUGCUAGAGAAGAGCAAGAAGAAAGAAAUAAGAAAAGCAAGUCAGAUAAUGAAAGCUAUGCUCAGGAAAUAAACGGUAGAGUCGACAAUCUUUUGGAGGACUUGAAUGCAGUUUUGGGUGACGAAACAGAAACCACACCUGCUUUACAAAACAGUGCUUACAUACCUGAGAGGAGUAUCGCUAGAACUCGUGACCAAUCAAAAAAGCCGCUAAAUAUAGCUAAGGUCGAGGCACUCGAUGGAAGCGAUUUGAACGACUCAAUUAGUAUAGACGACGAGAUAGUAGGUCUUAAUACAUCUAACGUAUCAGAGGAAUACCAGGAUGAGAAAAAUGAUCUCUCGUUCGAAAAGGGAGACGAAGUAAGGUACAGCAAGAGCUUCGAAGAUGGCGCUCCUCACAUGUAUCAUGAAGUGUCUAUAAUUCAAGAAGAAACCCCAUCAGAUUCACAGAAGCUGGCUCUUCCAAAAGAGAACGAAGACCCGAGCAUCUUGAUAAACCCUAAAGAGGAGACCAAGAAAAUGGAAAACAUUGAUGAUGAGGUCUUAUUAGAAAUACUAACAGAUAUCAACUGGACAACAGAAGAUGAUGCGGAUAGUAUGAUUGAAAGGAUUGACAUGAGAUUGGCUGAAACAGAAUAUUCAUUUAAUCAAAAUUUGCUAUCUCUACAAAAAAUUGGCCCCAAUCUGCGUCCUUAUGAAGAUAAGGUCAAUGAGGAAUGUCACCGGAUUAUUCCAACUUUUUCCUUGUUUUUAAUGGAAAUGAGUAAUUUUUCUAAUGACAUCGAAAAUGUAGAGAGUCAAGAUAAUGGAUUACAAGUUGAGAGUGCCAACAAGAAACUUUUGUGGAGCACACUUGAUGAACUUUUGAAAACCGUUUCUCUUGAUGAGAUCUCUUUGAAUCAACUAUUAGAAUGUCCAAUAAGAGAGAAGAACCUACCAUGGAUGGAAAACCAAUUGAAUCUCUUAUUAAAAGCAUUUCAGGCUAUCGGCAGUGAUGAAAAUGAAGUUGAAUAUAAUCUAAGGGAAAUUUCUGGUUUGAAACAAAGACUACAAUUUUACGAGAAAGUUACCAAAAUAUUUCUUGACAGAAUUGUGGAAGAAAUGCAAAAGAAAUUUUUCAAUAUACAUGGGCAAGAUAUUUCACACGAUCAGAUGAUCAGGAUUUUAACGACUUUGCUAAUAUUUUCUCCGUUAAUUCUUUUCUGCAAAGAAAUUUCACAAAAAUCAUAUCAAGUCAUUGUUGAAAACUGGAACGUCAGUAUUCAACCAAUAUAUAUGGAAUUAUGGACCAAGAAAAUAUCACAAUUGGAAAGCUUCAACGCAACUUGUGAUAAGACAAAUAAAUCGGGUUUGAACCAGUUAUUACGAGAAUGGAACACAUUUAGGAAAGAAAGAAAAAUGAGCGAUGUCAUUCCAGUUUUUAAGGAAAAUUUUUCUCAUCUGACUGGAUGUCUACAGACAAUGAGACAAGAAUGUAUUGUUUAUCAGAAUUUCGUGGAAGUAUUUUUUCAUAUCUCUUCAAAGCAUAACUUUGAAAUGUAUCUCGAACAAUUUAAUAACUCAGACACUCCUCCGAUAUUAUUGGAUGCUGUGAAAGAAAUGCAAUCAGACAGAGAGGCAGUCGUCAUCGAAACCCAGUUGGUUUCAAGAAUAUUCCAACCCAUAGUUACUAGGCUAUCAUCACUCUUUGUGGAGUUAGUCAAAAACGAGCCAACGCUUGCUCCUGCCUUGACUCUUUACUUGGAAAAUGAAAUCAAAAGUUUAGAAUCAUCGAAUCAUGAAUUUUUGUUAUCUGCGGUGACCAGAAUGUUUACCCAAAUAAAACAAGUCUGGUCAGACAAUGUAGAUGAACAAGCCCUAUAUUUUGAAAGGAUUUCUAUUGCAACGACUAAUGGUGAAAUUCUUCCGGCUAUAGUCGAUUUGCCGGUGGAUUUGAAAAAUUCUGAGGAUUUGGUCAGAUCUACCAAAAGCUUGAUGAAGAUCAAGGAAACUGAUAGAAGUUACGAGUCUAUUGAAUUGAUGAGUUCCAGCUUUCGGAAGUUGAGUAUAGCUGCCACACAAUCCAUAGCUCAUAAAGAUGGUAAUUCAAGCAUUAAUCCAAGUUUGUCAGAUUCUGCUGCCUUAAAUAAUGACUAUAUGCAAACAAUUUCUCUCCUAGUGAACAGUAACUGGUUAAUAGAAAUGCUCUCCAUGCUAAACUUCAACAAGGAUGGCAUAUUUGACACACCAUUGCAAAACGUAAAGAAAGUAUUUGAUAUAGAGAAGGAAUCUUAUGCCUCCUUCUUACUGCGUGACACUAUGCCCAAACUAACAGCUUUUGUUUAUGGUGUGAGUAACAUCAUUGAGAACACUAACAACGUGAACAUGACUAAUCCAUCGAGGUGGGCUGCAUACAGCAGACAGAAUUUGGAGAACAUUCUGUUAGCAUACACCUCCCACGAAAUUGAAACCUUGGUGAAAAGAUUGCAUACUCACAUGGCAAAUGAUUUUGAUUAUCAUCAAGAAGAUGCUAUAAAUAACGUUCUAUGCGACAAAUUGUGGUCAUGCAUCCAAGGUCAAACUGUUUCAUUAUACCUGAAAUUAUACACUGUCAUUGAUAAGCACUACAAGGGGACAAAUAUUCGUUUUACAAAGAACGAUGUCAUUAGCGCGUUCGAGGAGUACAAGAGUGCCUGA